GCGAAGGUUACGCGAGGUUCUACGACAGGGCCGCCUGGUUCAAGUUGUUUUCUUCGCUGUGGCUUGGUUAACGCCCACAGUGGCUGCUCCCCAGUCCGUAGCCUAGGCCUAGUUCAGUCGUCUUGCCCUUCCUGGCGUAGAUCUAGAGAUCUAAAUCUAGAUCUAGUAGACAAGCCGUCAAGCGCUGGGCCUUACAUUCGCGGUUCACAGGGCUCAUGUGUGUAUGUUUUGUAGUUCUGUGUGUGCGCGCGAGUGUGUCAAGAUUCCUGUGUGUUAAGCCGCAACUCUCACCGUCACAGGCAGGAGGCAAUCAGUGAUUCUCUAGUCGUCGCAGCUGAGAUUAGAGUCUACGCAUUUUGUGGACAGUGUAACUGAGUCUAGCGCUGCGAAAGAAAACUUCAGUUCUACCAGACCAGCCUUGUCUUAUAAAUUAUACGGAGAAGGGGAAUAACCAUUAACACCCACAUCAUGGCCUCAGCAGCAAGGACCUUCUCAUGGGAGGAUUACGUUGUUUUCAGCUGUAUGUUGUUUCUGUCAUCCUGCAUCGGUCUGUUCUUUGGUAUCCGAGCGAAAACGAAGAAACAAGCCAGCGCCGAUGAACUGCUUACAGGAAACCGCAAGCUGCCACUGAUCCCCGUGGCUCUGUCCCUGAGCGCCAGCUUCACAUCUGCGACCACCAUCCUGGGAAUCCCGGCCGAAGUGUACACUCGAGGUGGCGAGCAGUGGCUCUGGGCGCUGGGCAUGAUCCCCUGCUUCCUUAUCGUCGGCUUCUUCAUCGUUCCCAUCAUCUAUAAGCUGCAGCUGACCAACGCCUAUGAGUACCUUGAACUUCGAUUCAGCAAGGCUGUCAGAACUAUUGGAUCAUUUUCCUUUUCUAUCAUCAUUGUCAUUUACAUGGCAGCUGUCCUCUAUGCACCAUCUGUCGCUCUAAGCCAAGUGACAGGCCUUGACCCAGAUGUUUCUAUUGUGGCCAUUGGAUUGGUUUGCACGGUUUACACCUCUUUUGGAGGCAUCAGAGGUGUGGUCUGGACAGAUGCUUUCCAGCUGAUCAUUGUGUGGGCAGGGCUCCUGGCUCUUAUGUUCAAGGGUGCAAGCGACGUUGGAGGUUGGAGCAAAGUUUGGGAAAUUUCACGGAAAGGAGACAGGCUGCCUCGGUUUGAUAUGGACCCAGAUCCCUUUAUUCGCCACACAUUCUGGACACUUUUGGUUGGUGGAGGGACAAACAUGAUGACCGUGUAUGGAGCCAACCAGACAAAUUUACAACGUUACUCAAGUGUCAGCUCACUACGCAAGUCCAAAAUAGCUCUUCUGCUGAAUCUUCCUCUUUGGAUUUGCUAUCUGAGCAUUCUGAGUUUGUUGGGUCUGGUCAUGUUUGCUUAUUUUGAUGGCUGUGACCCCCUGGGCAAGGAAAUGGUAUCUAAGACUGAUCAGUUGUUGCCUUUGUUUGUGCUUGAAACAAUGGGCAGCAUGCCCGGACUGCCAGGACUGUUUAUUGCUUCUGUCUUCAGUGCCUCCAUUAGUACAUUAUCAUCAGGAAUCAAUUCUCUCGGUGCGGUCACGUUAGAGGAUGUGUUCAAGCCGUUGUAUGAGAAGUGCAAGAAGAAGAGUCCAUCUCAGAUGGUGCUUACAAUAGCCACAAUAGUGCUAGUAUUUGUCUUCGGUGGUCUGACCAUUUUUCUGGCAAAGAUGGCAAGUCUUCUUGGGAAAACUGCCCUGACCAUCAGCUUUGGUGUCUUUGGAAUGGUCGGGGGUCCAUUACUGGGCCUGAUGAUUAACGGCAUGUUUAUUCCUUUCAUCAACAAAUGGGGUGCAAUGGCUGGUUGGCUUGCCAGCCUUGUGCUAUGUUUGUAUGUUGGCAUUGAUCCAGUCUUCAAUCCUGGACCAAAGGGUUAUUUACCUCUGGAUUCUGAGUCUUGCUCUGUUGACUUUCUGAAUUCUAGCAACAUGUCCAUGACCACAACUCCUGUGAUGCUUACAACUACGUUUUUAAAUGGCACCACCAAUGCAACAACCCCUGCUGGAGGCUCGGCCGACAGUGACCAUCUCUACUUGUCCUAUCUCCACUACUCAACACUAGCUCUGCUAGUCUCUGCCAUUGUUGGCAUGCUUGUUUCAGCGCUCACAGGGUGCAAUAAAGGCAAGGACGUUGAUGAAAGGACUUACUACAAGUAUCCUUGUUGUUUCAGACAGUCAACAUCUAGCUAUGACUUGGACCACUUGGAUAAGCCACCAGCAUAUAGGAAUCCAAGCUUUCCUGGAGGCCAAAACUUGGACGCUGAAGAUUAUAGCCCAUAUGUGAAUAACUUUGCUGUCAAGUCUGCCAACAACCAUGUAAAUGGUGUGUAUAGUGUUCACUGAUUAACUGUGAUGUGUGAUGGUAACCCGCCACUGAUAGAAACAGAGAAUUUGCCUCCUGCGCUGGGGUAGGAUUUUGGCUAGACGUAUGAACAAUUUAUGUUCAUAUUAGAGCGUAUUGUUGUAGGUAUUGAAAUGUUUACAUAUAUGCAUUUUUAUACUGUUUGUCCCUUUAUAAAAAAAAUUUUUUAUUCGCCUUUUAAUACCAGAAUAAAAAAAAAAAAGUAAAUUGAGCUAAAAUUUAGAAGAGUCUAUCGUGUUGUCUCAGGGAUAGCAGUCAUUGAUGUACCUGUCCACAGAAGUGAAUCUGUUUUUUGGGGUGGUUUUUAUUUUUUUAUUUUUUUUGGGGGGGUUAUGUAAGGCUAUCUUGUUUUCUUUGCUGCUACUUCAAAUUUGGAAGAAUAGACAUUACUGCAGGGUUUUUUUUCUUUCUAAGAGCAUUAUGUUUCCUACUACAGAAAUGGAACUAAAGUUAACUGGUCUUUGUUAUUGAAAUUGCAAUUUUGUCUUUCUCUGGCUGUGUCUCACUGUAUACAGUGUUUUUGUAAGUCAAGACUAAAUUUGAUAUUAAUUUUUCCAAUCUUUGUACAUUUUGUUCCCCAGUUUUUAAUGUUGCAAUUGUCAGCUUUAAAAUGUGGAGUUAUUGGUAUCAUCUUAAGGUUUGUUCAUUUGUCUUGCUUAAAAUGAAAAAAA